UGUUUCCUGUUGAAAUCAUGCACUGCCCAUGUUUACCUCGUGUCAGUUUGGUAGUCUGAUUAUAGAUUUUCUGCCAGAUGUGUUGUUUUUAAUACAAUCGUUAAGGUAUGUUAAUUGUCUUCAGUUAAUUUAAAAACACUCUUGCCUUAAUCACAGGUGAGAAUAUUUUAUGUUUUCUUCAUUUACUGUUUUUAUCCCUGGACAGAGAGUUGCGGCUGGAGCUUAUGAGCCCAACUGCAGUUCUAGUUGCAUGACUGUUACUGUCCAACCACAUCCACCCUGGCCAUGUUGACAUUUCUCAGAGCAAACUAUCUUUUGAUGUCAUCGAAAUGAGUAAAAAUAUAUUUAGAAUCAACUGAAUAAUAGCGUAGGCUAUUUAGUUGCAUGUACUAUAAUUUUCAUCUACAUUUUCAGUAAGCCCUUGAUCUGACAUGGACUGAGUUAGAAAUACUGGACCACAGAAGUAGUAAAUAAAUAUAUUAAUGUAUUUUUUUCAAAUAAGCCUUGUAGUUAUUCAAUGUUCAUGCUGUUUGUUUACAGCUCACUUGAAUUUAUUAUAGAUCAUUAGAUGUGACUUCAUGAUGUUCUGGAUGCUGGUUUGAGAAAUAGUUACCAGAAACUCAGUGUCUCCACCCACCCUCUUGUUUAGUGUUUUGUCAGUGAGAGCUCACUGAUUAUCUUCAUGAUGACCAUCAUCUCUCUGCUCCUGCUGGCCUCUCUGCUGCCACACCUGACCUUCACUGCUCAUGUGAAUGUCGGAAUAGUGAACGGCACAGAAGCAAAACCCCACUCCAGACCUUACAUGGUUUCUGUUCAAAAGAACUGGCUGCAUACCUGUGGUGGAUUCCUCAUCUCUGAUGAGCUUGUCUUGACUGCCGCACAUUGUCGAAAGAAUUCAGAGACUCUGACAGUCAUGGUUGGUGCACAUGACCUAAAAAAUAAGACUGAAGGUUCUGUCUGCAUCGGAGUGAAGUCCUACCACCAGCAUCCAGACUUUACUGAGGAUCCUGUCAUGAAUGACAUUAUGCUUUUGAGGCUAGAGAAAAAAGUCACACAAAAUGAGAAAGUCAACUGGAUAUCUAUACCAAUAAAAGAAGAGGAGACUGAAGUGCAUUCUGUCUGCAGCGUUGCAGGCUGGGGAAGGCUGGAUAAUGGAUCCCUUAGCAAUCGUCUCAUGGAAACACAUGUGAAGAUCAUAAAUAACACAAAAUGUGAAAAUAAAUGGGGAAACGUUGACUAUACAGCUUCACAGAUGAUGUGUACAUAUGGCAAUGGAGGAAGUUGCACUGGGGAUUCAGGAGGUCCUUUGGUUUGUGGGAAAACUGCUGUUGGUGUCACAUCUUUUGGUGACCCUAAUCUCUGUAAUUCCCCUGAGCUACCGGAAGUCUAUAUGAAGGUUUCGGCAUAUCUGCAAUGGAUACAUAAGUUUAUUGGAAAUGUUUAUUGA